AUGUUUUCAGUUACUAGACAACAAAUAAGGCUACACUCAACCUUUAUAAGCAAAGCUACACAAUCAAAGUUUCCAAGUUUGAGUGAGGUUACUGCUAAAGAAACUGGUUUCGCAUCUGAACAACCACAAUUUGGUCACAACAAUACUUAUAGUUUACAAAGAUCCAUCCAUAAUAAGCUUCCUAUUUAUACUGAAUACAAACAAGGCCGUACUCCAUAUACUGAAAUCAGAAAGAUCCAAGGUGAUAUCAUACAAUUAAGAAAUGAUUUACAAGAAGCAUUACCAGAAGUGAAGAAAGAGAAUUUCAAAGUCGUGAUGGAAUCCAAAAAGAUACUAAUAAAGGGUAACUAUAAAAGACAAUUGCAUUCAAUGCUCAACGGUGUGUUUUAA